UCAAGGGAAAUGAAACAAUGAGAGAGAGAGAGAGAGAGAGGGGACGGGAAUAGGUUUUACUGAAGGAAAGCAAGAAGAGGUGUUUCCGUCGACUGAUCAGAGUGUAAAGCCACCAAAGAAUUGAAGGAUAGACGACCUCAGCCUCAGCCUCAGCCUCAGGGGGAAGAGAAAGGGCUUUUCUUUUGGAGCCUGACAUUAAACCCUGCCCAUCAUCAAAUCAAACUCAGACCCACAAUCUCGUCUGGGAUUGGUUUGCCUGAAGAAAAUAUCACACUUGGGUUGAAAGAAAGGCGCACGUAGGACGUGCUGAAAAAGUGAACAGGUGAAUGGCUUUGACCUGGAAUAUGAAAGUCAAUAAAACCACCACUGGAGGAGUUUGAUGCAUUUUCAGAAUGGCUACUAACGUGCAGAAAGGUGGUAUGAAGAAAAUGCAACACUCAACUUCAGACAGAAUCAGUCACCUUCCUCGCAAUGUUACGGAAAAGAUUCUAAUGUCCUUGCCAUUACGUGAUGCUGUGAGGACUAGUGCUCUAUCAAGCAAAUGGAGGAAUGCCUGGGUGACACUUCCCCAACUUGUGUUUGAUGAUGCAUUCUAUAGGAAAUUGAGGAGAAGAAGGAAGAAUAAUUUUAUGAUGACAAUUUAUCAAGUUAUGUUACUUCAUCGUGGACCGAUAGUGAAGUUCGAAUUAUCUGUACCUGUACUGGAAAGUCGUCCUGAGAUUGAUCAACUGAUACUUUUUUUGUCAAACAAUGGUCUCCAGGAACUUGUCCUUCAUAUUAAGCAAGGCAAGCAACCUUAUAGAUUGCCAUCCUAUACUUUUUCAUGCCUACAGCUUGAGCAUUUGGAACUCAAUUUCUGCUUGUUUAGUCCUCCCCUUGGAUUUCGAGGAUUUAGCAUUCUUCUUACCCUGGAGCUUUCAGAUGUUGCCAUUACUUCUGAGGUCUUUUCAAGUUUGGUCUCCGGCUGCCCAUUGCUUGAAAGGCUGAAGGUUUCAAAUCACAAGACCAGCUUCAGUUGGCUUGAAAUUGCUGCCCCUAACCUGAAAUCCUUGUGUUUUGCUGGCCAAUUCGGUUUCAUAUGUUUGAAAAAUGCCUACAAACUUGCCAGGGUUUCAAUUUCUUUUUACGAGUGGAUGCCUCGGGAAACAUAUGGAGGAGGAGAAAUAUGCAACUGGGUCACAUUUUUUGCUAGUCUACCUGCCGUUGAGUUUUUGGAGUUGGACUAUGGUUGUCUGAAGUUCUUUUCUGCAGGUGGCGUUCUAGACAGGCUCCCAACUGAUCCGAGCCAUCUUAAGAUCCUCAAGUUGUAUAUUGAGAGUGUGGAUGCGUUCUCAAGCAUUCUUUGCUUGCUUAGAAGCUCCCCAAACUUGGAGAAAUUUGUAAUUGGGGUACCUAUUCAUGCAGAUGAAGAUGAAGAAACUCUUGUAAAACUUUCUGAAGUGGAAAGAUGCUCAGACAUGUCAUUAAAUAAACUGCGGGAAGUGGAAUUACAAGAGGCUUGGGGCAGGAGGUUUGGAUUGCUGUUCAUUAAGCUUCUAUUAGCCAAAUCGCCUGUCUUGGAAAAAAUGGUUGUUCCCGCAGAUAAUUUGUUUGGUAGAGACCGGAUGAAGUUCAUGCAGUUGGUGACCCAAUUUAAGCGUUGUUCACCACAUGCAGAAGUCUAUUCUGAAGUUCCAGAUGCUGAUCGAGGUUAUUAGUGUAUGGAUUAUGUCCGCUUGGGGCAGGAGCAGCCAUGGUUUCAAGCAACAGCUCCCAAUGGUUAAUGUUUAUCUUCUUCCAUCUGGAACUGUGGAAGAGUUUUUAGAAGUGUUAUUGAGGGCUGUUUAGAAGAGUUUUUCAGUGAGUUGCAUAUUGUAUAUUGCUUUGGAAUUGGGAAUCAUAUUAAUCAGUUACAAUUAACACAGUCGUAUACAAAUUACUUCAGCUACAAUGCCAACCAAUGAGAGGGUGUUGCUUC